UUAAUAUUCCUGUGGGUUUCGAAGAGCGUUUGCGAGCGGAGUGAAAGAUUAUUCUUUGCGCAGAAAAAGGGGAAACUAUGAGCUUUAUUACAGGGUUAGACUUGUGCAACGGUAUGGAGAACCUUCCCGUUCUCACCGAAAGCGAUGUUAGCAACGGCGAGUCGCCUGUCGCCGCGUUUCAGUACACUCCAGAGAACAUCCCCGGACCGGGCUGCACGCACCACCCGAGCGAGAUGACCUUACCUGGAUGUGACUGUCGUUCCGCCUCCUGCCAGCAGGGGAGCUGUUCCUGCCUGCAGGCCUACGGGCAGGCGUACGACAGCGAUGGGCGCCUGCGGGACCGCGGCACGGAGCAGGGAGACUACAGCAGGCCUGUGUUCGAAUGCAACGCCCUGUGCGGGUGCAGCGAGACCUGUUCCAACCGGGUGGUGCAGCGGGGCCUCAGGUUUCACCUGUCCGUGUUUCCCACCCAGGGUAAGGGCUGGGGGGUCCGCACGCUGGAGCCCAUUCCCCGGGGGAGCUUUGUGUGCGAGUACGCUGGGGAAGUGCUCGGGUACGAGGAGGCCUGCCGGAGGCAGAGGGCUCAGGGACCUGGGGACAUGAACUACAUCAUAGCGGUGCGGGAGCACGCCGGGCCGGACAGGGUCAGCGAGACCUUCGUGGACCCAGCUGCCAUGGGGAACGUGGGCCGCUUCCUGAACCAUUCCUGCCAACCGAACCUGUCCAUGGUGCCGGUGCGUGUUCACUCGCUGGUUCCCAGGCUGGCCCUGUUCGCUCUACGCGACGUCGCCGCUGGCGAGGAGCUCACCUUCGACUACUCGGGGGCUCACGGCAGCACAGCGAUGAAGGGGCCAAAGCCUUCUUCAGGCCCCGUCGCCAUUGAGUCGUCGUGCAGCACGGGAGGUGCGGGAGCCCUGAAACGGAAACCCUGCCAGUGCGGGACCCAGAACUGCAGCCUCUUCCUCCCCUUGGAUAUUUCUGUCAUCAACACAAGUUAGAGCUGCACAUGUGCUCGGUGUCUUCUCGUUACUUCACCUCUUUAAUUCUGGUGUUUCACGCCGCUCUCCUUGUGGGAUUAACAUGAGCGCGACGACCCAGUCCUCCACGGACAGGAAGCGUCUGUCCUCGUCUGCUCCACCUCAUCCUGAGGCCCUUCCUUGUUGCCCUCUGCCGAAGGACACUCAGUUACUCCCUGUAGGUAGCAGUAAGCAGCUGUGCCCUUCCAGAAUGUGUUGGCCAUUAGAUUGUGCCUUCAUCCCAGUCCAGACCCCCUCCGAGACGUCCCCAGUAAUGUAGAGCAGCCACCCCUCCUUGUCCCUGAAGAGACGGCGCUUCUGACACUCUGGUCCUCUCUUUGACAAGUGGCGUCUGCGCUGAGCCCAUGUAGGUCAGCUGUGCCGGACGGCACGAGUAGCUCAGAGGUCGGGGAUGCAGGAGCCGUCGAUCGCAUAGAGAAUGACGGAACGAGCCCUAACCGGGCGUCGGUGUAGAGCCCGCAAACCUGCGGGCUGUACACCGACACCCAGUUAGUCUUGUUGUG